UUUGAAGUUUGUUCCUGAUCCAGAACACUGAUAGGAGCGCAUCGAGAGCUUUUCAAAGUGUUAUAAUCAGUGAGAGUUAGCAGUUAGCAGUCAUGCCCCGGCAUAGCACCCGUCUCUUGGCGUUGGGGUACUACGGGGAUAAAAUAUCCUACAGAGAGACUGCGGUCAAGGUGUUCAGGAAGCGUCGGAGCAGCCAUGGCCCCAGGGCUGGCAGAACCAUCACCCGGGCCAGCAGAGCCCUCCAACUGGACUCCAGCUACGGCUCUGAGGACAAGAUGGAGUUCCAGGGAACCUCCAGGAGUCCACCAAGCCAGAGUCACGGCAAUGGCGCUAAUAACCGCCCUACUGAGAACAGGGCUCUUUUCUACUGGCAGAUGACCCUCAUUUUGCUGCUGAUAUUUGGACUACGGUUCAUGAUGACGUCCCAGACCCACAGCGGUUCUGCUUCAGAGGGAUUUAACACUGAGGCUGAGGAAUUCAUGACCGAGAUUUUGCAAGACUUUGAGAUUCAACAGCAGAAUGUAGUCUCCACGAUGGAAAACAGAUUCCAAACCAAAAUGUUACAAAUUGAAGCGGAAACUGACAACUCCAUUGGAAUCCUCCAGAGGAAGCAGCUCUACCUGGAACAGGGAGUGGUCCAGCUGUGGGCCCGACUGGCCGAUCAGGGACGCUCCCUGAACAAGAUGCAAGUGGAUCUGAAUACCUGGAUUGGGGAUUUUAACAAGACCCUCUCUCAGGGCAGCAUCACAACAGAGCUCCAGGACAUUCUGGACCAGUGGUUUCAGGAGAAGCUCGGGCAGCGCAGUGGUCAUCCAGUGGCUGAUGAGAUGGCAGACUUUGCUUUGGAAUCUCAAGGUGGUCGCGUGUUGAGACACCUGUGUUCUCCGAGCUACCUGCCCAAAUCAUCCAUUUUGUUGUCUCUGACUUCAUGUUUCAGUCGAAGAAGCCCCCGCACAGUUAUCCAGGGCCAGCCAGAGCUUCUUCCUGGACAGUGUUGGGCCUUUGCUGGAGGCACGGGACACAUGGUCAUCUCCCUGUCCCACCCAAUCAACAUCAGCCACGUCACCCUGGACCAUAUCGCAUUGCACAAGACCCCCACAGGGCCGGAUCGAUAGCGCUCCAAAAAACAUUGUAGUCCUAUGUAAGUCUAUGAAGUCCGUAGCCUUUAUGUUGUUAGAUGUCUAUAUUUAAUAGAAACAUACAUUUUGU